CUUCAUUCAUAACUUAAUGAAUGUAUUCUAAGAUAAUUUAGCAAUAGACGUGUAAUGACUGUUGUAAUAACUCUUCACGAAUCAUCAACCAUGAGUUUCAUUCCAAAAAUGACGGCGCUCUCAUCUAUUUCUCCUGCAUUCGCAUUCCUCGUUGGAAUCGUGACUAUUCUAUUCACUUUACGAUGGUGGAACCCUGUGAGAAAUUACUUGCGGCAGAGGUCAAUGUUCAUCGAAUUUGCAAAAACACUACCGGGUCCACGGACAGUUCCGUUUUUUGGGAAUGCAUUAACAUUAUGGGAAACUGAUAAAACAGUUUUAACCCUCACAAGAAUCGGUCGCGAAAUAAAAGCAAGUACGUUUAGAUUCUGGCUGGGGCCGGCUCUUAAAAUUGUGGUGACUGAUCCCCAUGACCUUGAGAUCAUUAUGAUGUCUUCAAAGGCCACCAAGAAAGACGAUGUCUACCAACUGAUGCAGCCAGCUGUCGUCAAUGGCCUCAUUAAUUCAGAAGGUGCAAUAUACCGAGCUCACAAGAAAAUGUUGACACCCAUAAUAAACAGUAACAUUGUUGUUAGUCGAUAUGCAGAAAUAUUCAACUAUGAAGGUUCUAUAGUCGUCAAACGUCUGCAAGAAAAAGUUGGGACAGGAGAAUUUGAUAUGCAUGAUCACAUUGGAUUUUGCAUUGGAGAUGUUGCUUUUGAGACACUAACAGGGAUGCCAGGAACUUGUCAAAUGGGUCAACCCAGUCCCUUCUUAAAACUGACUCAAGAGGGAUUGCAUAUAGUUUGCUACAGAAUGAUGAGGCCCUGGCUCUACCCAGACUUCAUAUUUUAUCUCACCAACAGUGGAAGAAAGUUCGCGAAAAUUGUGAACGACGCCCACACAUUCAUAGACUACGAGAUAAAAAAGAGACAGAAGGAAUACAAACCCAUCCAUUCGGACGAGCGCACUCACUUGGCCGUAGUUGAUUACAUGGUUGAUCACAUGAUGAGAAAUAAUGACAUAACAGUUGAGGAAAUACGAUACGAAAUCGUCACACUUUUUGUCGGUCUAUUCGAGACGGUGGAGGGAUUGUGCUGCAUGAUCCUAUUGAUGAUUGCAAUGCAUCCAGAAGUCCAGGAUAAGGUCAGAGCGGAGAUAAAUAGCACAAUCAAGAAUGAUUAUGUAACUGACGAGGAAACAACUAAAUUGGAAUACCUUGAUAUGGUUAUUAAGGAGUCAAUAAGACUGUUCCCUGUGGGACCCAUUUUACCACGCAAAAUCACUGAGGAGAUGAAGCUUUCAACGUGCACAGUUCCGAAGGGCAGUUCUAUAUUCAUGCUACCUUAUGCGACCCACAGAGAUCCAAAGUAUUGGAAGGACCCUGAGAAAUUCAUCCCUGAGCGCUUCACCCCUGAAAAUUCAAAGAAUCGUCAUCCCUUCGCCUACGUUCCCUACAGCGCUGGUCCCAGAAUUUGCCCGGGUCCUAAAUAUGGCAUCGUGUGCGUCAAAAUUAUCAUAGCUCACAUUGUCAGGAGUUUUAACAUGUCGACGUCGAUGAAAUUAGAUACAAUGCCGAUACAUACCCAUAUUUCCACGAGGUCAGUCGACGGCUACCGUGUUACGCUUAAAAAAAUUGAUUUCUAACUGUUGUAAAUAGGAAAAUUCUAGGCCAAUUGCCAUUAGUUUAAGUUUAUGAGUUUUGUGUGAGCCGAAAUAUCCAGAAAAUGACUGGACUUACGGUGAUCUCUAAAUACUGGACAUGAAUCGAAUAAA